AUUAAGAGGCUUGUAAGCAGUUGCUUCAUUUGUGUCUCUAAGAGCAGCUUCCUUUUCCUUUAUCUGAUGAAGUGGUUUCUCUUCUCAGAACCAGAGUCUGGCUGCAAAACUGCUACGCUGGAGCACAUGGCUGUCUAGGGUGCCUGUAAGCCAAUACCAUCUUCCUGGACAAAACUAUCAGGUAUGCUCAGGAGCUGAGAAAAAACAUGGGAAUGCUUCAGAUCAUGCUUUCAGAAGGAUGGAAUCCUACCAACCAGGUCCUGAAGAACUAACAGAUGACCACCUAUCAGACUACAGAAGGUUUUUUAUUGCUUCUGGGCUGGAAUUAGCACAAAAUUCGUCAGGGUGGACAAUGAACAACACUGCUAUGUGCCCUGAUGAUCACACCCUGGAUAAGUAUUUGUUUCCAUUUGUGUACAGCAUUGUGAUAGUCAUCAGUAUUCCCAUCAACUGCGUAUCCCUCUAUGUGUCUUGCAUUCAAGUGAGGAAAAAGAAUGAGUUAGCAGUCUACCUCUUCAGUCUGUCCCUGGCUGACCUUUUGUACUCUGUGAUUCUGCCUCUGUGGAUUGAUUAUGCCUGGAAUGCAGAUAACUGGAGGCUUUCAGCCACGCUUUGUCAGAUUUCCGCCUUCCUCAUGUAUAUGAAUUUCUACACUAGCACUGCAUUCCUCGCUUGCAUCUCUGUCAACAGGUACCUGGCAUUAGUUCACCCCUUGAAGCUCCAGCACUUGCGCACAAGAAGAUUUUCACUGAUUGUCAGCAUAAUUGUUUGGCUUCUGGAAGGCAUCAUGAAUUCUGUCAUACUGAUGAAGAACGAAAUAUUCAGUGAUCCUUGCAAUUCCACUAAUCAUACGUUAUGUUAUGAUAAAUACCCCCUGGAACUGUGGCAGGCACAGAUAAAUUUACUCCGGAUAUGCUCAGGGUACCUGGUUCCUUUGAUAAUCAUUGUUUUUUGCUAUCAUAAAAUCUACCAAGCAGUGAGGUGUAAUCAAGCCACAGUAGAUGAAGAAAAGAAAAAAAUCAGGAAACUUAUACUGAAUAUCACAGUUACUUUCAUUCUUUGCUUCACGCCUUAUCAUGUUAUAUUGUUUAUUCGUAGCAUCAAGGAACCAUACUCCACUAACCCCCAGUUUUUUCUGUUGAUGUAUAAGAUCUACAGAAUCACACAAGCCUUAACAAGUUUGAAUUGCAUUGCCGAUCCAAUUCUUUACUGCUUUGUGAGUGAAACUGCACAAACAGACAUUCUGAAUUUGCUCAGGUGUUGCUUAGACCUACAAAAACCUGAGGGAAACCAAGUGGAAGAACAUACUCCGUGCAGUUCUACUACAAAGAGCAAUAUCACCUACAGAACUUGCUGUGAAACUGAGACUCUCUCAAAAAUGGCUGCAAGAGCAUAGUCAAAGAAAAAGUGGAUAACAUAAAGGGAAAAGAAAGGAGAACUAUUCUGCCAUCUAUACCUAGGAAAUACCCCAGAAGUAUACUAAUCUAAGUGAAACCAGUAGCUGGAACUAAUGAGAACUUAUUACAGGGUCAAUGAAAUUGAGGGAGCAUCAUCAUGUAUCUUUAAAACAGAUGUGGUACAUAAAUCAAGAAACAAACAUACAGUCAAGAAAGGUGAACAUGACAUGCUGAAAAAAUUACUGAGGAUUCCCCACCCAACUGCCCCCUGUCUCAGAUUGCUAGCAAGUCCAUGUACUGGGCAUACAUGUUUAACGUACUCUGAGCUGAGCUGGAGAAAGGCUGAGGUCCUCUUAACCAGUCAUUUGUUUUCCAGUUUUAAUAAAAACCUGAAGCUUAGCUGUGAAGGAGCCUUAUUUAGGAUUGUUUUUAAAUCUGUGAUAGAAAUGAAUAAAAAACACACACAAACACAGGUCAUUCCAAUGAUUGGCAAAGGAGCAGACAGAGAGAGGAUGUUCAAUCUUUUCUCUGGUGUGAUGGUGCUAUGAAGAUUCCUUUCUUUCAGUAAUGGCUCAAGUUCUCCUUCAGCAUACUCCUCCGAUUAGCCACUUCUUCAAAUUGUUUACCUCAUGUAGUCAGAGACUUAACUUCGAUCUUCUUCGGAAAAUGUCCUCAUAUAUAAUUAUAUGUCAUGUCUUUUCAUUACAAUAUGAGUGUUGGAUUUCAGAUAGUUGAAGAUUCAUUACUUAGAGCGUAUAUAAGGAACCAGAUUCUAGCCACUGAUGGUUUAAGUCAGAUUAAAUUUUCCUAAUACAAUACAAUAAAUUUUCCUGUACAAGGAGGAAAGGAAAGGAAUGGAAGGUGAGGUUUCAUAUCUCUACAACACGAAAGACUAGUCUUUAGUCUUGCUUAUUUUGACUGUAAUCCGGAGUGUUUGUUUGUUUGUUUUUAUGGAGCCAACAGAGCAAGGAGGUCUAUAUCCACUUAUUUGACUGCAGAUGGAGUUUACAGCUAGAGUUACUGGCCGAGCUCUCAGUCAGCCAGUUUUACAAAAAUUCGAACAAACCAACUAUACUAAAAAAACCAGCAAUGAACAAAAAUGGACCAAUAGCUAAUAAGAAUGGCAGCAAAGGAUCCUAAAUUAUAAAAGGGCUGAAAUUAGCACAAAUGAAAAGCAGAGCUGUUAACACAGGGAUCUGGUCACAUGCAGACUCCCUUCAAUCGCUGUGAUUCCCUGGUAGUGGUGGGCACCUGUCCCUGUGAAAAGACAAUCAAAAGACUGUGCGGUUUUCUUUGUCUCCUCAUAAACUUUUUGCUUUAGGUCAGUUUCCAGGAAGAGUGUUUGAUUUUGGUGGUUUUCCAGUUUCAUAGGGAAAAAAAAAAUCUUUCCAUCAAAAAUACCCCCCUGUGCAAGUCUGUAGUUUAAAGAAUUUGGACCAGCAAUUUUCCACACAAUGCUAGGAUUGACAUUAUACUUGGAGGACCAGCACACAAUGAUCACAAUCAGCACUGAAAUUUUUGCAUGGAAAUUAUCAAUUUCUCCAUUACAAAAAGCCACUUUCAUUGUUUUCAUGAGUUCCUGGUUGUGUCUAUUUAUACUUUCAGUUAAUUUCACAUUCUGAGAAGGGAACUUGAGAGGCUGAAGAAAUUGGAGUUGUUCAGCCUAGAGAAGACAAGACUUUGGGGGUCCUAAUAUCAGUCUUAUAAUACAUGCAAGUAGAGUGUUGAGAAGACAGCCAAGCUUUUCACAGCAGUGCAUAGCAGGACAAGAAACGCAAACUCAAAACAAGAAGGAUCAGAGUCGAUAUAUGCAAAAAUUUUUGAACUCUGAGGACUUCCAAGCAGUGGAGCAGGUGCACAAAGAUGUUUUGCACCCUCCAUCCUUGCAGGUUUUCAAGACCCAACUGGACAAAGCCCUUGAAAAACCAGGUCAGGCCUCAUAGCGGACCUUACUUAGAAUAGAAGGUUGAACUAGAGGCUUCCUGAAAUCCCUGCCAAUAAGAAUUCUCCUGUGAUCAUAUGAACUUUUAUAACUAUGUAUGUCACUAUUCUGGCUGUUACCUUCCUCUUUAAAAAAGUAGGUUCCCUUCCCUUCUUUGUUUUCAUUAAUCCUUUUACUGGAUUUUAUUUUCAUGUGGUUUUGUGUUGUUUUUUUUUUUUUUUUCGUUUUUUUUUUUUUUUUCUGUAAUUACAUUUUAUAUAUUAUGAAGCAAAAAUAUGUAAGCAGCAGCACAAACUACUUCACCACAGAUGUGUCCCUGUGCUGACCUAUGAACACAAUGUAUUUUGCAACAGAAUGUGAAAUUUCACUGCUGCACUGGAACAAAAGCAGAACCAAGAUUCACUAACUUCAUGGAAAAAAAAUAACUUGGUUUAUUUCUAAACCUUUCAUGUGCCAGAAAGGUUGGAAAGUUAAUUCAUUUUUGUGUUAUUAUUAUUAUUAUAAGUGAUAAUUAAAGCUAAACAACAAAACUGAGUCAAAUUUAACCUGUGUGUCUGAAAGCCGUGAGAGCUGGCUGCUCUGCAAGGUAACCAGGAGCUGAGGAUGACAGCAAAGUCAGCAGGGCAGUAUCCUCACCGAAAAGCCAUGCAAACCCACAGCACCCAAGUGAGGUGUGUAGAGCAGAUCUGGUGACAGUAACCAGCAUCAGCCAACAGCUGUCUGAUCAUCAGACAAAUCGCAUGGACGUGCCGUAGUGACAAGGCGGGUCUGAGGUUGAGCCAGGAAGCCAAGUCAACAAGCCAUGGUCAGGAUCAUCAAAGUACAAGGCAAAGCAUCAUGUUCCCGAGAUGUGUCUAAAGUGAGGGCACAGGGCAAGUGCCUGAGCUAACAAGCAGCUCCUGUGCCAAGGAGGAGAGAUCAGCACCAAGAAUCAUUCCAGCUUCCUCUCCCACCCACCUGGCUCUGUGUUGCAAGGCAGCACAACAUAAGCACUGGCCACCACAAAGGCAACCAAGGCGACAGGGGAAGAGGCUACAAAGCCUGUAGGUAAACUCAGGGCCCUGACACUGCAAAGAGCUUUAUUUCCACAAAAUUUGGCCCUGAGAUUCAAUACAUUUUAAUUUUCUGCCUUUGCUCAUGAAAUCCCUAGCUUGGGUCAGCUUCUGUUUUUAUGUGUGGAUGGUUUUUGUAGCAUCAUUUCUUAUAGUAUGUCCCUGCCUUACUGAAGAUCCACUUGAGAUAAAGGAAAGCAAUGACAAUGGCUGGCCCAUAUUCUAGGCUUCUUAAAGGAACUCUAAUAAAUUAGGUGUCUACUUUACGAAGAUAAAACAUAGGUACCUAAUCCCUUAGGCUGAUCUGAAAUGCUCACUUCAUCUGUUGAAAUAACAACCCUCUGGUAAAAUGAGGAAACUGAGAUUGCAUCGUCCUGUACUUCAGUUAUUUGUGUAUUUACCUCAUUAUUCUUACAGAGCUAAAAAUUUGCAAUCUUUUUCAUUCUCUCUCCAAAUUUUUUUGUCCCAGCUUGACCAAAUUUCCUGUAUGAAAAUGGAUAUCUAUAUUCUUUUUGGAAUCACACAAUAUUAUAGGAGAGAAUUCCACAGUGAAAAACGUCUUCAUGAAGGCUCCAGCACGCACUGUGCAUUAUUAUUACUAAAUAUUCCAUAGAGAAUUCCUAAAAGCUCUGCAGGUAAAAACCAGGUGCAAAUUCACAGAAACCACUUAAAAAGCAAGAACAUUUGUUACAGGAGAGAGUUUAUAAAAAUCCAAAAAUCUACUUAAUAGCAAGAAAUGCAUUCCUCAGUGUGACACUGUAGUUCCUAUCUCACUUCUCAAUCUAUACUGUAAGAAUAUGGUUAAUUAAAAGCCAUGAUGUUAACUUAUUUAAUAUCUGUAGGGUAUGAAAUAUCAGUGCCAAAUGAUAUUGUCAGCACAGUAACAACAGAGGUGGGUUUAUAUGUCAAUAAUUCACUUAAAGCAGAAUCCACCUCCCAGCAAAGAUAUAGCUCAGCUUCUUAAGCUUGGAAGUUUCCAGUGAACUGUGGAGACCUUGCCAGUGGAGUUUUAGACUUCAUUUGACCUGUGUUUCCUAGAAUAUUAGCCAUGAGCUGCCUCAUGAUGCACAUCAUUGUUCUUUUCUGAUGCAAUUACACAUCAGCUUUGUUUUCUUAAUGUCACUGGGGUCAGUCCUGACUCACACGGUUGUAGACUAACAAAGACUAACAGAAACUCUUGUCUUUUUUUUUUUCUCAUCUUUAAUAUGUCUAACUUCAGAGCAACUUGGAAAAUUGAAGGAAGUGUGAAUUUGAGCUAUGAGAUUCAAAUAUUCCACUUCCUGUUUCCAUUUACAGAGAACAAUGUUGCUAAAAUUAUUCUAAUUACUACAGUGACAAGCUUCACUUUUCACUCUCACUUUUAUGCCAGUAAAGGAGUGCAAUGCCAUUGUUCAGCCACAUGCCACUUCUCACAUUACUUACCAGUAUCAUCAGUGUUGUCAUAGGUCUAGUUCUCCAUUUUCUACCAUGGUAAAGCUGCAUCUUGUUUGCUGCCUCUCUCCAUUCAGCACAGAGAGGGUAAACGGGUGGGAGCUCUAGGGCAUUUGGGACCAGCAUGACCUCAAAGGCAGAGCAGCCACUUCUGCAGAACAAGGCUGCAAGAAGGAGAAGUGUGGCCCUGCAUGCAGAAGGGCCCCGGAGCAACUGCUGCACCCAGGGGAUGGAUGCUGCUAACGGCCAGAGUUUUCCUUCUUCUGUGAGAUGGCAGCUCCUCAUGGUCCCAGAGCCCUGCAAGACAGCAUCUUGCCCCUGCCUGGUGCCACCUGCUCCACUGUACUUACAUCUGAUAAGCCAUGGUCUGGCAUUGAUAAAGAGGGUGGGGCAUAGCAGGGAAACUCCUGGUGUGUAUCCUGAAGGUUUCUUUCUUCCUUUUCUGUUGCUGCACCACAAUGUCUGUGUUACUGAUAAAAAACUAGCCUAAGCUGGCACAGGGAGUUUUUGGCUGUCCAACAGUGAAUUAAAAGUAACCAAGCUAUUUCCCAUCUUUUAAUAUCCUAGAAAGACAAACUUUUUUUUUCUGAGAUGAGGCUUUUAGAAAAAUAAACAAACAAAACACACACACACAAACAAAACAGAAAACAGGAAUGAAGAUACUGUAUCAGCUUGCAUCAAGAUAAUCAGAUCCUCACCUGUGCCAGGUCAGCUCAGCCACUGUGUGUUGCAUCUGAACUACAGCCUGUACACAUCAGAGCUACAACGUGUCUCUGUAGCACCUCUCACUGAACGUCAGAGUGCACACUUACGUAUAAUGAUCUCAUCAUAAAAACUAAUGUAAAAUGGAAAUGCUAGAACAGUGGGUGGUAUGAAACACACACUAAAAAAAAAAAAAAAAAAAAAAAAAGGAAAAAAAUAGGUCAACCCCUUUUCUAUCUCCCCCUCUUCCCCCCCUUUUUUAAAUGACUUUGUAUAUUUUGGUGAAAGAGGAUACCGAUGUCCAGCGGAGUGUGCGAGAACCUGAAAAAUAAAAAAGACCAUGUUUCACAAAAGCUGAGGUAGCUGUUACUUUAAAUUUGGUAUUUUUUGGAAAUAUUAUUGCUAUAGCAACCUCUUGGUUAGUGGUUCAAUACCAGGGACAACAGAUUAUUUUAUUUUUUCACUUUUUUUUUUUUUUAACCCCCCUGGUAAAUGCAAAGUCUGUUGCUGAAGGAAAAAUUGAGAUGGUGACAGACUGGGUAAAAGCAUGCACAGAUACUGUACAGAUAUAUAAUCACAUAUAAAUAUACAAGUAAAAACUGCAUUUAGUUUUAUAUUCAGUUCAUAUAACAAUUAAAUAAAAUAGAGGUGCAGCUUGUGCCUCACCCUGUG